AUGGCUUACAACGACGAUGCUUUGACCAACGGCCGCGGAUUUUUGGCGGAGGAGUUUCCCACGGAUUCAAGUUCGAGAGAAGAUGUCCCUGUGCCAGAGAAGCUUCGCUUGGGCUACACUGCAGUCAGCGACCAGCGCGAAGGGGAGCCAGUACCGGAGGGCCACGUCCUGUACAACCGAAAAGUUUACACGAUGUGCGGAGAAAAGGUCCAGAUCGCAAUCAAUCAUGCGUGCCGCAAGGACGCCGCAGAAGGGGCGAAGUUCCUCCUCGCCUAUGCCCGACUCUCUAUCACAUUCGCAUGUCUGGAGCACGAAGCUGACCUCUCCGACUCGCUUCAAAUGGGCGAUGUGCUCAUGAUGAAGGUACCCCUCGGAGAAAAUUACGCGCAACAAAUUGAAGAAAGAGAGAUUACCUUGGCACGAGCUCCUGGCGAUGCAAAUAUCUUGACUAAGGCAGAACGUGCUCUAGCGAAUCUGGUCCUGUCAAGGUCCAAGAUCGUCAAUAUGAUGGUGGGUGUGAUUAAGGUAAACAUGUGCACCCUGCACAAGGAAGGCCAUCAUUACAAGGACGACAUCUUGGAUAGGAACAAUAAGAUCGCUGCUUCUAUUGGCUUGGACUUGGCUAUGAAGGACUUUGAGCUUGGGAAAAGCGACAAGGCAGCAAUGCGUUACCUGUUCCGCACUGCGAUUCACCAUGUCCUCGGAGUCAAAAAGAAGAGCACCCUUGAAGCCACGGAAAAAAACAAUCAGAUGCAGAUGUUCUGGAGCGGUCUUGCUGCUGCCAUAGCACAAGAAAGCCGCUAUGAUGUCGCUCUGCGGGAGAUCAUUGCCUAUCUCCCGGAUCAACCGGUGCAGAAAAUGAAGAGUUCCCUCGAUGCUGCAGCUGAAGUCUUCCCUGAGGCGUUCCAGUAUGGAGAAAACGCAAAUUACCUAGCUGGAGUCAGGUACAUUUGCAUCACCCCCAGCUGGACAAGUGAGGAGUUGUCCAUCCUGAAGGGCCUGGCUCAGGGAAUUGGCGGCAGUCUGGCAGCGCAGAAGAUCAUCAAGGGCGAGGACGUUCGUAAUCAGGUCGUUACUGGGUAUCGGGACUUGUAUAAGGAGGUAAAGGAUCUCCUUUGCAAUCAGAUGAGUAGGGAGGCAGUUAUGGCACAGAUCAGGGCGAAAGCAAAACAGACUGCAAACUGUUUUGCUGGCUUUUGCGGUAGCAGGCUGUCUGGGAAUCGCCUUAGCUUUGCCAGAUACGAUGCGACUGCAUCUCAGGAAACCAGGAGAGUCGAGACUGAGUCCCAGAGAAGAGCCCGAGGCGAGGGAGAAAACUGA